AGUGUACACAAUGCAAAUCUUAAGCCAGGAGAAAAUGGAAUAAACCAGUUUUUACAGUAAAACAAGUUGGAUACGAAAAAUCCUACAAAUUUUUUAAAAACCUUUCCCGCGUUACACAAUAAAAAUGUACAUCCAAAAAGUUCACUAUGGAAAGCUUUUACUCGUUGUUUUCGCCUCGUCCUGCUGCUUUUAUAUCCUUUUCCAUUACGCAAACCUAGGAACUAAAAUCACAGAGGAAGAAAUAAUAAUAGAAGAACACCAACCUAUCAGUUUAUCAACAGAAACAGAAAAGUUGAGAAAUGAAAAAGACACUGUUUCUUGGGCUGCUCUACAUACUUGUCCUGUUUGUUUAGGUGGGGAUCUAUGCCCUGAGUUCCAGCAAGGAUUUAUCUCUGUAGGAUUAUUCCCUCGAGGUGAAGAGAAGGGAAACCUUCAAUACUAUUCUGCAUCUUUAAAGGGAGCUGAUCCUCUAACUGUUUUGGUUCCUGGACAAUGGAGUUGGGACACCUGGGAUCAAUGGAUUUGUAAAAAUAGUUCCCAAUGGUCUGGUUGUCUGGUUUCAGAGGCAGUUAAGCUCACUACUAUUGCUAGGCGUGAAGGAGAUGCCAGGUUUCUAAAAGGACUAGGAGGAGAACAAGGGACGGUCAACUCACUAACUGCCUGCGCAAGUAAGCACUUGACCAGCGCGCUGCAUCAUACUUUUGAUCUGAAUAGGGAUCAAAAACUUUCCAUGGAGGAAAAGGUAGUGAUGUUAACUACUGUAUCAGUUUCUCCUCCGCUGGCUUUAUUAAAAUUGUCUCCUAGUUUAGGGCUGAACAGUGUUCCCAGAUAUAUUGGAGCGUGUGGAAGAGUGAUGGUUAUUGAAGGGGGUAUUUCUCCCCUUGCCGCCUUUACAGAGACAAGUUGGGCCUACAGGGCUGAACUUGCCUCACAGUUGGUUAGUAUAGUUGAGGGCCUACUGACUGGGGACUGGGUGCUGCUGGCCUGGAAUCUAGAUUGGGAAACAUUCUCAGUAUCAAGCUCAGGACAGGUUGUGUUCUCUGAUCUUGAUUCUAUAACUCCGGUACAUAAAACCAUCAUAGCCAAACCUGAAGAUGAAAUCCGUCCUGUGUGUAAUGAAAACUGUUUUCAAGAUUUUAAGAAAACAGUUCUUACCUCUACACCAAGGGGUCAGCUUAGUCAGGGUUGCAGUUCUGGUUUACUGUAUGGAGAUUUCAUGUUCUACCAGCUCUGCAGAAAUAUUUUCUCCCCUUCGGAGGUUCGAGGCGGUCUCCUGGAAGGGGGAGGGGUAGACCUGCAGGGGUUGGUUGAGGAAUGUGUAGAAGAGAAGGGGAGGGGGGAUAGAUGGAGAAUAAUAGAAGAAAUAAAGCAGAAACUUCUUCUAGUAGACACAGGGUCGGGUGGAGAAGAUGAAACUACGGAUGAUAGCUACGAUGAUAUCACAAAAACUCCUGAACCUGAGAAAGUAAGGUGGGAGGACAAUGAUGAUCAUACUUCUUCGGAGCUAGGUGAUGAUCAAGAAGAAGAAAACGAAGAAGAUAAAGAAGACGGAGGAGAAAAAGAGGAUGAAGAGGAUGGAGAAGAUGAUGAGGAUGAAGAUACUGAAAACAAGGAAGAUAAUGAAGAUUAUGAUAAGGAUGUUGAAGAAGAAGAGGAAGAUGGUAGAGAAGUUAAAUAAAUUGUCAGAUUGGAAUUAUAAUAUUAUACAGGGUUAUCCACACUGGAGGAUUCUUUAAUGACGACCUUUAACUCCUAGAAAUUAUUAAAAUGGUAUCGAAAAAAAUAUUAACAUCUUAAUCUCAUUCGUUGUGGAUAGCUUUUUAAAAAUUUUCUUAUACCUGCUUUCGUUAAAAAUUUUCUUUGGAAACUUAUAAAUAAUAUUUAUUUAUUUAUGUAUACACUAUAUAGUGUAUACACGAUAAGAAAUCUUUUACUGCUCAUGAAUAAAUUAUGUUACAUACAAAUAAAGUUAAUA